UCUGCCUUGCAUGUUAUAAUGUCCUGUCUUGAUUCGUGAAGCUUUCAAAAUAUGGUUACCGUGUCUAGCUUACCUAUUUUUUUUUAUAUGGGCUAGGCUACACAGAACAAAGGCUGUUGUUCAGUAUGCUGAAUGCGUGUUUUAAAGAAAGACUUGGGAACACGCCCUUGCUGUCUUUCCUACCUGUAUGAAAGGGAAUGCUUUCAACUUCAUUUGAAUGCCCGCAAACUGCGGCCAGACCAACGUACAGACCCCGACUUGCGAAGUUAACCCUAUUUGUUCAUUUUUCGCUACUGUUUCGAGUUUGUUACAUUGUCGAGUUGGUCAGACAGACGUUUUUAAUAGCGCCUCUCCCAACAAGAAACUCACAGAGUCACGAUAAGUGCUGGUGGUUUUGCGUGACAGCUGCAGAGAGAAUAUUGCUAGCGAUGACACCUGUCAAGAGCUCUCAGAUUUGAGGUGGGAGAGCAUGGUUGAUGCUUCCUCACCGGGCGCCCCCAGGGUCGCUUUCAAGCCUGACUGCCGACAGCUCGUCACCUCUGUCAGCCUCUUGAGCGAGCCUUGAUCGCCUCUAGCGCAACAACACCGCGCGCAAGGUUCCGCUGCGUCUGCCAGCGGUCCAGCCGAGAAGCCUCUGCUUCGCCCAGAGCCCAGCUGCCUGGGCAGGACUGCAUCGCCAUGGACACAGAGUCCACCUACUCGGGCUAUUCCUACUACUCCGGACGAUCCCGGGGAUCCCACAGGCAUGGGGAGCGAAGCCGGGACCGCCACAAGACCCGCAGUAAAGACAGCCGCUCAGAAAAGUCUGUUACAAUUAACACGCCGCCCGCCGAGCCGCUGCUGGGCGACUCAGCUGUUCGGGGUGAGCAGGUCCAGGAUGACAACUGGGGCGAGACCACGACAGCCGUCACGGGCACAUCGGAGCACAGCCUCUCUCAGGAGGACAUUGUUCGCAUCACCAAGGACCUGGAGGACAGCGUGGGGCUGGACUGCCGCCGCUACUUCACCCUGGCCCUGGCCGUGAUCCUCGGCCUGCUGGUGUUCCUGACGCCGCUGGCCUUCCUGGUGCUCCCCCACCUCCUCUGGCCGGAGAAGCUGCAGAGCUGCGGCACGGCCUGCGAAGGCCUCUUUAUCUCCGUGGCCUUCAAGCUGCUCAUACUGCUUCUGGCCGUCUGGGCGUUAUUCUUCAGACCGCCGCGGGCCGGCCUCCCACGGGUCUUUGUUUUCCGGGCGCUGCUCGCCGUGCUGGUGCUGCUCUUCGUGGUUUCCUAUUGGCUGUUCUACGGAGUCAGAAUACUUGACUCACAGGACGAGAACUACCAGGGCAUCGUGCAGUAUGCCGUGUCGCUAGUGGAUGCUCUGCUCUUCAUCCACUACCUGGCCAUCGUCCUGCUGGAGCUCCGGCAGCUCCAGCCGUGCUUCUCAGUGUGCGUCACACGCUCCACAGAUGGCGAGAUACGGCACUACAACCUGGGACAGCUCAGCAUUCAGCGGGCAGCUCUGGCCAUCUUAGAGCACUACUACUGCGACUUCCCAGUCAGUAACCCGGCGUUGCUUUCCGCCUCCAAGUCCCGUGCAGCCAAGCACCUGGCUGGCCUCAAGGUCUACAACGUGGAUGGUGAGUUCCCAGAAGCCCCCGCCGAGGGUCCAGGGAACAAUGCAGCAGCAGGACUGGUCCACUCCCAGUCCAGAGCCAUGAUCGCAGCCGCCGCACGCCGCAGAGACACCAGCCACAACGAGCUGUACUACGAGGAGGCGGAGCACGAGAGGCGCGUUCGCAAACGCAAAGCACGCUUGGUGGUGGCAGUAGAGGAGGCAUUCACACAUAUCAAGCGCAUGCAGGAGGAGGAGCAGAAGAAGGCUCCAGGGGACGUGAUGGACCCUCGAGAGGCAGCACAAGCCAUCUUCCCAUCCAUGGCUCGCGCCCUGCAGAAGUACCUGAGGACCACCAAGCAGCAGCACUGCCACAGCAUGGAGAGCAUCCAGCAGCACCUGGCCUUCUGCAUCACCAACAACAUGACGCCCAAGGCGUUCCUGGAGAGCUACCUGACGCCAGGUCCCACCCUGCAGUACAGCCGGGACCAUUGGCGGGCCCGCCAGUGGACACUGAUCAGUGAGGCGUCUGUCACCAGCGGCCUUAAGGACGGCUCCAUCUUCCUGCUCAAGUGUGUGGACUUCAGCCUGGUGGUGACGACGAAGAAGAUUCCGUACAUCCAGAUGUCGGAGGAAUACAUCGACCCCAAGUCACACAAGUUUGUCCUGCGGCUACAGUCCGAAACCUCCGUGUAGGACUCCAAACCUUUUUUUUUUUUUUUCCUCCCCGUUUUGUCGCUCUCAAAUGUUUUCACUUUGGGUUUGCAGUUUUUAUUUGUACUUUUUUGGAAUUUUUAUAUAUUAUAUAUGAAUCUAUAUAUUACACUCAUGUUUGAAUAUAUUGAUCUUUUUACGUUUUGAUUUGGGUGGAAUCAAAAGAAAGAAUUGAGGCAGGAUUAUGCUCACGGCAGACUCUGACAUGGUUUUGUGCACAUACAGUAUGUGUGAGUGUGUGUACAGUAAGUGUGUACGCAUGCGUGUCAUUUUGUGUCAACACAAUCACUCGUUCCUUUUCUGUUUUGUGAUGCCGGAGCCAAACAAGAUGGGAACAUUUAAGGAAAUCCCCACAGAGAAUAUGUCUUUAUUUCCAUGAGACAGACAGUCAGACAGACAAACCAACCACUAAGGACUGCGAUGAUGUGAUUCGGAUUUAGAUAUUUGAAAACUCAUGGAAACACAUGACAUGUAUCCCGCCUGUUUUGCCAUUUCGUCUACAUCAUUUGAAAGUAUUUGGAUGCUCUGUUGGGCGUCAACAUGUUGAGAAGUAAAUGGAUUUCUUUCCAUUUGAAAACCAAAUUAAAUGCAUUUAACAAAAAGACUUCAGACUUUGCAUUAAAUGCACAUUUAUGUAUGUUUAUGAAUGAAAAGAAUACGCCUAAAAAGGAUGGAACAAAUGAUCUUUGCCUGCUCAAAAAGGAUGUUGGGACUGUUUUCCUCUCCACAAUCUCCUCAUCACUACUUCAGGACAUCUGUAGAGGUUUUGCUUGACAGUUCUGAUGUCAAACUCUGACCCGCCUCAUGUCCAGCCUGAGGCGUACAGUAGCACUAUUUGAGUGCUAAUUCUAGCAGCCAAAGUGGAUCACUUUGAGCUGUUUUGGUGCAUGAUUUGUCUCCAGGUGCAAUGGAGCAAAAUCAAAAAUAUUUCCACUUCAGUUGGGAAUAACACACACAUGCCAUGUUAAACACUGCGGUGAACUUGCAAUGAUCCGUAUCAUAAGAGACUCUUAGAGGUGGACACAUGCCCAAAAACAUUUGCCCUGCCUCAUCGGUUCAAUAACCUUCUCAGGGCUUUCAUGUCUGCCGUAUCUGCCUGACACGACGGAGAGGGGAGGCAGCGAGGAGGAGACACAGAGCCUUGAUGUCACUAAUAAAAAGUACUACUGAUUACUCCAAACCAGAAUUCCUCCUCUCUGGGUUACAUAGCAGAAAGUCUAAAUACCGUAAAUUCUCACGUAAAAGCCGGUAUUCAAGUAAGCUUAUCCAGCAUGAACAAGUCAAGGCCACUCGCUAGGCCAGGUAAAACCAAACACAUUAACAGGGUGGAAUUACAGCUCACAUAACUAACUCAUUCUCUCAGUCUUGGGUCAUACUCACCCCCCUGCUGCUCUGAGUUUAUAUUAACAGAAAUGUUUCCAUACUCUAAUAACUCUAGAUGAUUCGUCUUGGCGUACUCGUCGACGUUACGCUACACUACGACACAUGUUUUUGCACAUUAAAAGCAUACCUAUAAAGGGAACGCUUUAUAAAUAUGUUUGCCUUAAUUUGGCUGUCAGCAGUUUACAGAGACAAGAAACGUAAGGAGAGAGAGAAGGAUAUAACAUGCAACAAAGGUCCUUAGUUGGAAUCAGACCACGUGUUUUGCAGUUAUGGUAGCUUAACAUCGUUCGGGAGAAAAGGCGAAGCAGAACACGUGAAGAGACUCUUGCUGCACUGAUGGAACUAGUGCUGUUGAAGCGGACAUACUACAUUUAUAAAGAUAUUAGGGCAAAUGGUUCUGUCUGCCGCUGAGCUGAAUAAAGGCCACUAUUUGAGAAUUGAUGGUAUUUAAAGUGUGAUGUAAUCUUUAAGGCGUCACAGGGUUUGCUUGUAUCACUAGAAUACAUAAUAGAUGACAAAGAAUCAACAGUGUGUACCAAUAGUGAGAGCUGCAGCAGGGCGGAUCCCUUCCCGACUGGACCGUCUGGUUUUCCUUUACUACCUUGUCUCACCUCUGUUGUCUGACAAACGUGCUCACAGUGAAUCCCUCGAGGUCAGAAGGGAUUUUUGUAAUUAUUUCUUUCACCCGAUGAAUCAACCUAUCUUGUAAAUUCAGAUUAACACAGUUCAAUUAAGCUAAUGGCACUAAAAUGACACUUUUUAGAUCACUUCAGCACUCUGCCCCUGUCAUAACUGUCACACUGAGUUUAUGUGUAACUCCGUCAAGAAGAAAACCGUCACACUGAUCAGAUCUUCUGUGGCUGUGAGCAGGGUUGUCCCCUGCUGCCCCCUGGCUGGUAAACCUAAUAUUGUCACUUUUGUUUAUCUGCCUGAGCGCAGCAGCAACACGUUCUCAUAUCAAACGCAAAGACACUGUUCAUUUUAGCACAAAGUGUAACUGUUCAACCACAUGGGGAAGAACUCCCAAAAACACUUUUGCUGUUUACUGCAAACAGCACAUAUCUGUGUUGAAACACCUGCCACCGGUCACACUUUGUACCUACUGACAGAUGGAUUUAGUGUGAUCCCAAUGUGACCGUGCCUCCUGUUUUUACACUGUAUCUAUUUAUGUUAACAAGCGUGUGUGUGUGUGUAUGUAUGUAUGUAUGUAUGUAUGUAUGCAUGCCAUAACAGUUCACACAACCAGCCUUUUGCCCCUCUCCUCUACAUCACCCCCAUCUGUCACGCUGUUGCCACGGAUUGGCUGUUGUUGGACAGCUCUAUGACGAUGACGUGACAUUGCAAUGUAAGACAUGUUUCAUUUUCACAGCAUUCGCAGUUGUAAAAAAGAAAUAAACAUUUUUAUGAACAUUUGUAAAA